AUGGCGCAAUCGGGUUUGACGGUCCAGUUCGUAACGAGCAUUCGAGAUUUUCUCAAGAAUCUCGAUGGCGACAAGCUCCGAUCAUGGCUGGUUGUCGAGCCGCCAGUCCCAGACCAAUACCAAAAUUUGGCCCAGGAGCUGAAGCAGAAGCAUUGCCACAGCGCGUCUCUCGACAAGCUGCUCGAGCACUACCUACCCGAGGAAUAUGACUUGCCAGAAGAUCAAGGCACGGCGUGGCCAGGCUUCGUCACUUUCAUGAAAGACUUUCUGGAGUACUGGAGAGAUGUCGACUUCGACGACCUCCUGGGUGCACAUCAACGGCUCACGGCCUUGACCAAUUCGUGUACGACUGCAUUGAACCACCCGACACACGGAACCAUCAUGUUACAAACGAGUAUAUCACUAUGUGCUUCUCUGUCGAAACUAUCCAUGACGCUUAACAAGCGACCCGAUCUCACGAAGAAGCUGAGGGCGUUGGACGCCGGCGAGGAAGACCAGAAGUCGGUGGUGGAGAACACGGCCGAAGUAAUACAGAAGAUCUUCACCACGUGUUUGACGGAUCGAUCGAGCCAAAGGUUCGCAAAACCAGAGGGCAAGAAAGUUGGCGUCUACAUCUUUGCCAAUGUAACGCUGAAGCUUCUCUUCGCCUGCCGCAGGACCCACCUCGCAAAACAGUUAUUCACAAAUAUUACGGCCAAAUCCCCCCCGUUGUCCCUCUACCCGGCUGCGCAGCGAGUCACCUACCUCUAUUACUUGGGCCGCUUUCAUUUCAUUAACAACCACUUCACCCGCGCGGCCCAAUGCCUCCAAGAAGCAUAUAUUCAGACACCCCCGAGCUUUCAAAAACACCGGAAGCAGAUAUUGACCUAUCUCAUACCUUGCAACCUCCUUUUGGGUCGCUUACCCUCGCAAGCCCUCCUUCAGCGUCCUGAAGCGCAACCAAUGGCAGAAAUCUUCACCCCAUUCGCUCAGGCCAUACGUACCGGCAACUACCUGAUCUUCCAACACGCCCUUGAAAGUCACGAAAUAUGGCUGUUCCGCAAAGGCCUCCUUCUAACUCUCACAUUUCGCCUUCGCCCCCUACUCUGGCGCGCCUUCUCCCGGCGUACCUUCCUCCUCACAUAUGUGGCACCCUCAGAUGCCGACUCUCGAAAAGCAGCAACGCUUGAGCUCUCGCACCUCGUCAAGACAGCGCAGUACAUCCAAAAGCGGCUCGAGGGUUACGUACCGGCUCAGCCAGCGCUUAAGAUUCGCCAGCCACACAUCAACUCCAUGUUUCUCAAGGCUGUGUCCAACAGUGUCGGAUCCGGGACCGGGACCGAUGACAGCACGCUUGCGCCGCCGCCAGGUGGGCCGAAACUCUUACGGCCGAACGAGGGUCUGGUGUGGGGAAACAUGCCUGUCACAACUGAGCACGUCGAGAGCGUUGUCGCGUCGCUAAUCGCCCAGGGGCUGUUGCACGGAUUUUUGGCACACUCGCAGGGUCGAUUUGCCAUCAUGGGGGCUAAGCAGAAAGGAAGCGCAGUGGCGGCAGGGUGGCCUUCCGUCGUCGAGGUGAUGGAGAGGGGAGAGGACAAGGUUCCGGGGUGGGUCAAGGGGUAG